AUGCUUUUCGCGCUUGGCUGGGAUCAUGCACUCCCACGAUUGGAUGGAGAAAAUCGAAGCCCUCGUUGCUGGGUUCAGGCCAGUCGUAUCAUCCCAAUUGCACCUCCGAAGCGUGUUCCACGCAGGGAUCGCAGGGUUCAAGGUUACAGCGGCGGGCAGGACGCAAUCCCUCGACGGCGCGCAGGGAUUCUGCCGUUUCCUGUCAGAGACCAGAGGCUGCUCAAUCUGGACGGGAGAAUUUCCAUUCGCGCGAAUCAGCAGAUCGGGCUGAUUCACAACAGCUGCCGGUCUACCAGCGCGAUCGUCGAAAUCUCAAGAGGCGCGAGUUGGUGGCGGUCGGACGGCAGAACCAGCCCGAUCGGAAGACCAGGAGCCUCUCCUUCAGGGCUAAGACCAAGUACAAGCUUCCGCCAAUUCUUGCCCAUCUCCUCUUCCUGGCCUUAA